UCAUUGCAGCAAAAGUAUGACAAACUGGAAAAAGAGUUUCACGCCCUGAAACAACAGGUAGAACUAAAUCAGAUGGCUUUGACCAACACAUCAACAAAGGAUUGCUGCCUUCAAGCAACUAAAGAUAUCAUCAACCUCAAAAACAAGGUAGAACUAAAUCAGAUGGCUUUGACCAACACAUCGUCAAAGGAUUGUUGUCUUCAAGCAACUAAAGAUAUCAUCAACCUCAAAAACAAGCUGAAUAUAACGACAUUUGAAAUGGGAUCAACGGACCAGACUUUGUACAAUACCAUAAUGCAUAUCAACACCUCUCUUACCGAUCAGAUUUUAAACGUCAGUAAGCAAGAAGGGCCAAUUGGUCCUCCAGGGUCGCAAGGUCCACCGGGAUCACAGGGAUCACAGGGACCCCCAGGAAUUCAGGCACCUGUAACGAGUGGUGGAGCUAACUUUAGCUUAUGUCAGUUUAAGAUUGCGACAAGUACACCGGUCACAGCCAACAGCCUGGCAGAAACUGAUCUCAUAUGGAUGGAACCUAGU